AUGUCUCACAGCGAAAAGAUCCAACCGCCGGCGAUUGGUUCAGUGAUCCCGACAGGUAGUCCCGACUUCUUGCCUGAGAGGAAUGAUCGUUCAGGCAAAAAGCUUUGGGUGAAGCUGAAGAACAACUACACACCCGCACAAAACUCCACACCAGGUUCCCGCGCAGCCGCCAUUUUCAGGGCCCUCCGGUCCAAAUCCAAAGCUACAGUCCGGACUACUGGAAGAUGCAGCAUUGAAGAAGCCUGCAAAGGGGUGGUGGACGGCGUGGGGGAAGCGAGGCUUUGCCUUCCAACGCCUCGACACACCUUCUUCUCCUCGUUGCUCAUGAGUUGCUUUAUAUUCAUCGGCUUAUUGGCGCUCAGUGCAGCGGAAGUGGGCCUCUUAGGCCUUCCAAAAUGGCCAUGGAUCACUUUGGUACUGCGCGUGGUUGGAUGGGCCUUCUUGUUCUACAUUCCCAUUCACCUCAUUGCCGUGCCUUUCACGCGAAACUUUGUCCUUUGGGCACUCGAGCCUGGGGAGAGCUUGAGUGAAGUGGGUUUGUCAGAGCGUCCUGCUCGAUGCCAGAAGCGAGCUACCUUGCUGCCGUAUGCCACGCAUGCAUGCUGGAUUCUGGUUUACGCUCUGGUGAUUUGCAUUAGCAUUGGGGAGGAAAACCUUGGACAUUUUGGUUUCAUCCCGAUCUAUGCCCUAGGAAAUGUUCUCAUGAUGCCUGUGGGCAUAUUUUUUACCCUGCUGCUUGCACCGCCGACAGUCAGCCGGCGCUAUGCGUUUAGGAUUGGCCCUGCUACAAUCUUGUUCCCAAUCAUCGGCUUCCUUGUCAUGGUGUCUAGUUACAUCCUUUUGCGCAGACUUUCUGGUCCUUGGCUGGGAUUUUUGAUGCCACCCUUGCUGAGUACAUACGAGCUGCUCGGGACUUCUUUGGUUUCCAAGUUUUUUACCAAGGAGUACGUCACGCAGUGGGAAGUGCGUCAAGGGUAUGCUGGUACCAAUCAGGGGCUGGUGGUCUCGAUUGCCAUUUGCAACCUGCAUGCGAUGGCGGAGGGAGCUCGGCUGACGUUCCUUUAUGUGGACUACUUGGAGAACCAGGACUGGAGCAUUGUAGUUCCGAUUCUUACCGGAGUUCUUUGGAAUGUGUUGGCACGCUUUGGGACACUAGACCGUGUGUUGCACAUCAUCACGUGUGGUUGGCGAAAGCCCAACAACGGUAGCAAGCUGCUGCGAGAAUCUGGGUAUUGCAUGGGCUACCUGCGAUUCGGCGCGAUGGGUGCUUUAUUCCUGGUGCGUUUGUGCAUUGAAGCACCCUGGGCCUGGGAUGGUCCAGAAGUCACCCUGAUGGCAGGCAUGCUUCUGGCCGAGAUCUUGGAGGACUUGAUGAGCUAUGCCAUGUGGCGGGCCGGUCUGGACAUCUCUCCAGCGCCAUACCUGGUGACUGAGCAGGAGGUUCAAGACAUUGCUACCAUUGUGCUCAAUAAGCGCAAAGCAUCCAAAGAGAAGUCACGCACACUGUCGACUGAGCAGGCCGAUGUCCAGUCGACCAAAGACAGGCCGGUGCCGGGAGCCCCUUCGGCUGGAUCGACGGAAGACCCUGAAACGGCGGGAGCGGCUGGAGCGGUGCCUUCCGAGCGGAAGCUGAUGAAGUCCACGUGUUGGCGCCUUCGAGUGGCCUAUGACUUUCGGUUCCGGAUCGAGGCCUUUGAUCAGAUGCCAUUCUGGGGGCACCUUCUACCUGCUGCCAUGGCUCAGUUCCAUACGAUCUUUGCCAUGCUGAUUUUUUCCAAUGGCUUAGACUACAUUUUAGGUGUUUGCAAGGAGGUUGACUUCACCGGUUACGAGUCGGCUGUGCUGUGGUGGCCAAUUGCACCAGUGGUUUCAGCUGCCCUUUACCUGGUAGCGGUGAUGACUCCGAUGGAGGUUUCGCAGCAAUGGCCCACUGGCGAAGUGAUCGUGCCCCGUUGCCUUCUGCCAGACUAUUCCGACCCUAGCCUUGCGCCGCAGAUCCUGGAUUUCUAUCCCAAAGUCGGGGUCGCAGGUGAGACCGUGCUGGUCGAGAUCAUCGGUCGUCGAUUUCCGCACAUCCUCCCCGCGGAGAACAAGUCCGUGGUGGAGUGCAACUUGGGAGGUGACGGAUACCGCGCCCCAGCGGUGCUUUUGUCCGACAAGCGGGCACUGUGCAACCUCACCUCAUCAGUGGCUGGCAGCAAGAAGCUGGGCCUGAUCUUUGCUAAUGUUCUGCAGGCAUUUGCCAAGAAGAAAAUUACCUUUGGAAGAGUUGCUGCGCCAACCUUGCAGGUGACGACCAUCUUAGCUGAGGACGUGUCCGAGGAGUGCAAGGAUACGCAGGUUUUCUGCCAGCCGCCUGCCCCGGAGCCUGCUCUCAGCGAAGUCCCCACGCAGCGCAGCUUCGACCCGCAAGUGAUUUCAACUCAGAGCAGCAUUGACACCGUUGAGAACUUGUACUCCAUUUGGGAGGUGGUGUCAGUUGUGCCUGAUGUUCUACCAUUGAGUGAUUCAGCUUAUGUGAUUACCUUUUCUGUUCCGCCUGAGAACGGUUUGGCCUGCCGACUUUAUCCCGAUGGCGAGCAGGUCUUUGCUUCCCAGUUGACCAAUACAAGCAUCAUGUGUCGCACAGCGAUCGGCGCGCCGGGCUCCUAUUCCCUUCAAGUGGCCGAGGCACCCGAUUUCCACUUCCUGACCCUACCACUCAUGAUCGAGGUCUUUGAGCAGCCGCAGAUCUUGCACCUGUCACCUGCACAGGUUUAUCCCGGCCAAGGCUGGACCUUAUUCCUUCUCGCCACCCAGUUCCCUGAGCAGCGCAUGGCAGUGGCCAGCUUUCGCUGCAAGGUGGGCAGCCAGCUGGUGGUGGGCGAGGUGUCGACCAGCCGUGUGGCUUCUUGUACACUUUCGGCGGCAGAUGUGGAGGCCAUUGGCCCUGGAGACCAUGCGGUGGAGGUCCUGGUGGAUGGACUCCACGAGAGUCGUUCAGAGCCGCGGGUGAUGCUCAAGGUGUUUCCAGAAAUGGCACAAGUGGAUACCUUGUCCAGCGAUUCCAUGUCGGCCCUCCCCCGUGGUGACCGAUUGCUGGUCACGGGACGCCGGCUUCCACAAGAUGGGGGAUGCAUUCUAGGCGAAGACAUUCCUGAAGAAGGCGUCACUGCUGCCUAUGCUGCGGCAACCUUUCACAACGACACCAUGAUCUCUUGCACCAUCCCGCAGGAGGCGAUGUUGGGAACCUUACGCUUUCGCCUUUCAAUUGCUGGGCAGCCGCUCCUGGUGCAAACCACGUCGAAGAUGUCUCUCAUCGUCUCCGACCGACCGUUGCAACAGGACAUCCCAUCUGACACUGCUUGUGCUGGGGGCACGUGCCGACUUUCCUGGCGGUAUUUGCCAGAGGCACAGUACUUCAGGAUGACAGGACUCCUGGGACAUCCUGAGAACUAUGCGCAGCGUCUUCCCUCCAUCCUGCUCGACCUUCGCUCAGUCUAUUUCGCCCCAAGGGAGGCCUUUGCGGAGUCGGUGCCUUUGCGUUUCGGUGGAGAAGGUCUUUUGGACUAUGCCCGAUUAUUCCCUGCCAGCUUCUCCUGUCAGAUUGAGCAAGUGCGCGUGCCGGCGCAAUUCGUGAGGGAAGACCGAUGGCCCUUCUUAUGCGAUGUCGACUUGAGCUCGCUCAAGGGGUUGGAGGUACGAGCUCAGCUGGUCUUCACCAAUGCCGGGAUUGAUGAGAACAUUGGACCGGCCUUCAAUUUGCGCUUGCUUUUACGGCCUCGGGUCCUUGAAGUCUCGCCCACUCAAGCUGUGCUGGGCCUGGCAACGCCCUUGGCAUUGCACCUGGCGGUGGCCCCUCCGAAGGGUGCCUUGCUGCGAUGCCACUUUGGGAGGUUGGGUUCCUCUCCCGCCUUUGCAGUGGGCCGCUCAGUCCACUGUCGCUCGCCAACGGUGGAUGCGGUGGCACGUGUGGAGCUUCAACUGCAGGUGGCUUUGGAGCAAACUGAGGUGAACCUCACCCAGAGGAUUUGGGUCACGGCGCAAGAGGACUUUCGCUUCGAAGUGCCACCUGAGCGCCCAGUUCUAGCGGUGAUGCCACCUUUCACUGCGCCCGUGGGGGCCGCCCUGUUCUUGGAAUGGAAAAGCCAUUCGCCUAUCUUCGAGGUCUUGGGACGGAUCCCCUACCGCUGCUCCUGGCGACAGACGGAGAUCGGCGAGCUGAGCACCCCGUUGCUGGCGCUGACACCUGAGCUGGGCCACUGUCGAGUGCCCUUGGCCUCCACGCCACAUGCCACAGCUGUACGUUUGGAAGAUCCCAGUGGACAGGUGGUCAUGGAUGCUCCCCUCUUCCGCUAUUUCUCACCUCUUCGUGGCUCCUGGUGGCUGCCGGGUGGUGCAAUACGGCCUGGGCAGAUCUUACGAUUCCAGACCAAUGAGGAGGCCUAUCCAGCAAUGGCCUACGGGCAGCCACAGCCUGGUGUCGUUAUCCAUUGCCAGUUUGGACAUGUCAGGAAGGAACCUCGAAAGAUGGACGUGAAUGGGGUCGAGUGUGAAAUCCCAUCCAUCGCACCUGGAAACUACUUGCUUUCCCUUCUCUAUGAUGAGAAACAUAUUCUGAAUUCCGUCCCCAUGCAGCUCGACCCACCCAAAUAUGCAAGUGCAACUGGCGCUCCAAACCUCUCUUCAGAGGAGAUCCUCUUAAGUACAGCCAGUCCAGCCGUGCAGCAGGCGCCGCCCUUGGAUCCCGACCGGGAACCCCUCCCGGUGCCGGCGGUGCCGUUGCUGGACCUGAAGCCCAGCACCACCUUGAUCGUGGUGAAGGCAUUCUCACCCUCACGGGGCUCCUUGCGUGGGGGGACCACGGUUCGGCUCACCGUGCGGAUUCCGGAAGACUCGGAGGAGCCCUACGCCUUGUGGUGCGUCUUUGGGGAUCAUCCACCCUCCCAAGCGAUCAGACCUGAUCUCAGUGGAAGAGCCUGGCAUGACAAGUUGGAGGCAGACCGCCAACAGAUGAGCACCAGCCUUUGGAUGGAUUUGCUUUGCAUCUCCCCAGAGCAUCCGGUGGCUGAAUCUGUGCCCAUGUACAUCACGCGUUCAUCUGACUUCCAACCAGGCAGUGCACCCGACGGCUCCCGGAUGUUCACCUACACCCCGCACCCGGACAUGAUCACCAUCACCCCGGCGCUGGUGACGCAUCACUUUCAGAGGGAUCAGCAGGUCACCAUUCACAUCAGGGCAAACCGUGGACAAGCAGUGCCACUGUCGACCUUGAACGAUGCCUUGGAUUGUGCAUUGCUCUCACUGGAAACCGCGACCACCACCGGCGACUGGACGUGUCUCGAGUCCAACGAGAGCAACAGCUCGUCCUGUCAGAGCCAGACAGUGGGGGACAUUUACGACGCAUUAGGAACCGUGGCCAGUGGAAUGAAGAUUUCUGGCUAUGCUGCAUCGACGGCAGGCAUCCUCUCGCAGGGCUCCAAGUUAGCAGAUGGGAACGGCUUGGCAGCAGUGUCCUGUCCAAUUCCCACACAAUUCACUCCGUUGGCCACUGCCACCAACGACGUGUCUGCAGACCCGACCCCCAGCCGUGAAGCCAUCCGCAAGACUGGGUGGGAGGCCACAGAGUCGCAUGGGCCUAUGUGGCUUGAGCCUGGCCAGUUUCCUGUAUAUCAUGACACCAAUGCCACCGAACCGAUCUUGGGAGUGCCCAUUGAGACACAUUUUGACAUGAAGUUCCGCUUGGCUGUGUCCUUCAACGGCCCUGAUGGGGACUACUAUACCUCUGGCAUUGUGGCAUCUGCUCCAUUCUCGCUUCCCUAUGCCAUCAGACGCGAAUAUGGCUGGGCUGAGGGAGGAGCGCCUAUACACCUGAUUGGCAUCACAUGGCCCGAGAAUGCGGAUUUGGAAUUGAGUUUGAUCUUCGUCUUUCCAGAACGAAACGUGCCGAGUGAUUGUGUACGAGUGGGCUCCAACACGGCAGAGUGCAUUGUGCCAACACCCUCUGCGGGAGCUUCUUCAGUGACGCUUCAGAUGCAAGCCAUCCGCAAUGGGGAGAUUUCCACCUAUGACCUGCCGGGGAUCAUCUACACCUACAUGGCGGUCCCGAACUUGCUGCGCGCCCAUCCGGCACGUGCACCCGUGAAGGGAGGCACCGUCUUAGAAAUUACUGGAGGUCCUUUUGAUGCUCGGGUGGAGUACUACUGCGCCUUCCUGCCGCCCUUACCGGCAGCCGCGCCACAUUUGCCAGCCUUAAGUACGGAAGCAGCCAGAUACCUGAACAGCAGCACGCUGCUUUGCGAGUCGCCCCGAGUGUUGCUGCCCUCCAUAUGCAAUUUAGCUUUGAGCUCUGACCGCGUCAUGACCAAUAUGGGCCUGGGCCACGUCUCCUUCGAGUUCUUCGAAGAGGUGGAUGAGGAGGAGGUCUCAGAAUACCAGCCACCGACCCUGGAUCCUGAGUUGGUGGUGCCGAUCAUCACUUCUUUGUCACCACUGGAAGGGCAGGAAGGUUCAUGGUCUUCGUUGGGCAUCAUAGGAGAUGGCUUUGUGGCAGGCUGUCAGUGUGCUUUCAUCAGCGAGGACCCUGAAGACUGGGAGGUGGAACGAGCCCAACUCUCGGAAGCCACGGUGCUCAGCAGUAUGCUCAUCCAUUGUAGUGCACCAGAUGAAACAGUGGCAGUGGCUGUGUACUGCCCACCAGUCUUGUCCUCUAACUAUAUGUGGAUGAGAAGGCCGGUUGCUGCUUCUGCGACUUGGUGGCCAAAGCUGAACUACACCCAUAUGUAUCCAGAGUACAAUUUGACAUACCGCACAGGAGUGCGUAUCCAGGAUGUCCAGCCGCGUGCUUACAUCCCCUAUGUGGAGUCGCAAAGCACCCAGAAAUACUUUGUCAUCCUCGAAGUCACAGGUUUCUCCUUGGAGAAGUGUGAGGUGCGUUUUGGAGACGUUCCGGCCGUGACCAUGGUGAUGAAUUCCUCUUCGAUCGAAGCCAUUGUGCCUGCAGCUUCGGACAAUUCCAGCGUGCCCUUGCACCUUUUUUGCGGAGAGGAGCUCAAGCAGGUGACCUUUCCCCAGACCUGGAUUUUCCGCUACACCUUCCUGCCAGAAGUGUACUCUGUGGAUCCUGAAGAAGUGGAGACUCAAAGCUAUGAGUGGAUCACCUUGUAUGGCAUGUAUUUUGAGGACCUGCCAGGCCGCGCUUGCCUCAUCGGCGGAGAGUUGGUGCAGUGGACGGCUGUAAGGGUGUUGACGGCUGAGAUGGUGCAGUGUCGGGUGCUUCUAUGGCAACAGGAUGUGUCCAACCUCACGGUCGCUUUCUCCAAUGACGGCCUCUUCUUCUCGAAGGAGACGGUCAUCUUAAAUACAUGGGUGCGCAUCCGUGUUCUUGCUCUUCAGCCCAGUUCUGUGUACAUCGCGGAAGCGGCCAACAUCACCCUAUUGGGGCGGAACUUCAUUCCAGGUUUACAGUGCCUUUUCAACGACUAUGCCCGCGUUGAGCAGGUGGUCCUGCGACACAGCCAGCUGCAGUGUAGGAUGCCACCAUACUUCUUGAAGCUUGGCAUUGGAAACGUCACGGUGCGUGUGAUCAUGCGAGAAGACCGGGCUCGUGGCACCAAGUACUUCCUGGAAGAGCAGGAGUUUUCCUUAGCUCUGCUGGAGCGGCCGCCCGAGCCCAUCGUGUCGCCCAUGCAGCUGGAGCCGGCAAAACUGGAGCCGACGACCUCAGACUUCCGAAGGUACAUGGGGGAGUUGCCCAACGGCACGGAGCCAGAGAUUUUGAAUGCCACAGAAAAUGUCUUGAGGCUGGGCCAGUUCUGGUGGCCCUCCACUUUGUCAGAUGGAAGUGAGCCAUCAAGCUUCUCACGCAUUUCGAUCUCUCCUCAGCGGGGUCCCUUGGAUGGCCUCGACGUGAUCCUCCGCACGGACGGCUUCUACAUUCCGCCCUUCUCACGCUGCCGAUGUCAAUUUGGCACGGUGCAGGUGCCAGCCUAUUGUGUGGCACAGCUUCAACAAGUACAGUGCAGGGCCCCAGCAGUCACGGGCCAGCAGACAGUCGACGUGAGGUUCUCCGUGAACGACGGAGCCACCUGGGGACCCAAAGCCCGCUUUGCCUACUAUGCUCCACCACUCUUCGCUGCGCUGCAUCCACCGCUCGGCUCGCUCUUGGGCGUGAACAACGUGUCAAUCUACAUGUUCCAGUUCCCCACGGAUGACGCGGUGCCAUCCUACUGCCGCUGGCAAGGCACCUUUGUCACACCCAUCUCAGUGGGCGGCUCGGAUCACAUCGUUUGCCCGGUGCCCUCGCAUAGCAAGUUUGCACCCUUCAGCCACGAGGGCGAUGAUAUGCCCCUGACCCUCGAGGUGAGCUUCGCCGGCCUCCCUCCGGUCUGGAUCCCACUUCCCAGGAGCCUGAACUUCAGGCAGCACAAUGUGCCAGUGCGGGAGACGCAGGAGCUCUUUGUGUCUCCAAGGCAUGGUGUUGCAAUCAAAGGUGGAGCAGACCUCACUUUGACAGGCUCUGGCUUCGUCUUCCCAGUGGUGAACAGCUCCCUGGUUGGUUGUGUCUUUGGGCGAUGGUACUUCUCACACGGAGAGGUGACGAGUGGCACGAGCAUGCAUUGUCGGGCCCCGUCUCUUUUUGACAUUUUCCCGGAUGCUGUGCCGCCCAUGGAUGUGACCAUUGACCUUACCUUCGAUGGUGGACAGACGCGCACAAAUUUGAACAACGUCUACAGCUAUUUGAAGGAUUUCCAGUUUGACUCUGUUUUGCCAUCUGGAGGACUUUACAGUACACAGACCUUGGCCACUUUCCAGGGCCGGAACUUUAAGAGGACGCCUAAGACCUACUUGAAGUUCGGUGACAUCAAGGUCUCAGCGGCCUUGUCCACGGCCGAAACACUUCGCGCGAUGGCACCUGAGCAGGCGGAGCCAGGUACUUACCCCAUUUACUACUCUGUGGACGACCAGACCUUCGUUGACACUGGAUUGGUUUGGGUCGCGUCGGCCACCUCCUUGGUCACGGCCAUCAUCCCGGAUCGUGGCUUCCGAGUCGGCGGCACCAACGUGACCAUCGUGACCAGUGGGCUUUACUGGCUGCCGACCCUCACAUGCGUCUUCGGCUAUGCUCCCGUCUCGACGGUUCCAGUCUACAACCCGGAGGACCCACUGAAUCCAAGGCUCACUUGCAUGACACCUCCAUGCGAGAAGGCCAUGUACCUGGAGGGUGUGGCACCUAACAGUUCGGUGGACUGCUUCGGCUUCGUGACGGUGCAGAUGACAUUCAACGGUCGCAACAUGUUUGGCAACCUCACCUACGAAUACGUCAAGAUGCCUCAGGUGACCUAUGCAAGUCCUUUCCCAGCCAGUGGUUGGAGUAAUGACCUCACCAUCGCGCUGUUCGGAGUGAACUUCCAGGAACCCAUGUGGUGUCGCUGGGGCGGCUUGGGGGAGAGCCCGGCCACCGACGUGACCCCGGGCUUCAUGCGGUGUACUGCCCCACAGUUGCCGGUGGACAUGCGCCCGGACAACAGGACUGCCGACAGUAUCUUGAGCUACUUUGAAAUCUCACCGAAUGGCCAAGACUGGACACGCUUUAAACGUGCUUGGCUAUGGUACAGGGAGCCUGAAGUGCUCAGCAUUGUGCCCAACACCACCUUCCGCUCCUAUUCACCUCAAGGGGACUUCAUCGUCACUGGCCGAUACUUCCGUUUGCUGCAGCCGGAGCUGGUUCAGUGUGUUUGGCUUUACGACAAAUACUUGCCACCAGAACGGGUCCACGCGACGUUGCUCUCUCCGGAGACCUUGCGAUGUCACCCCACGAUGCCUGCAGCCGCAUCGGGCAUCAAUACAGAGGACAAGUUGCAGCCGCUGGGUGUGAAUCUCGAAGUCUCCAUGUCGACGCAGGUGGAUUCAGCCUCAGAGCAGACCGUUUUGGCGGAAGAGCGAAUGGAGCUCCAAGCCUCGAUCGAGGGAAACUUCCCAGGACCAGCAGUCUUCCCCAACAUUUGCUUGGUGACCGGAGGCUGCACCCUCACCCUGCGUGGCCUGCGCCUCUGGGCGGAAGACCCCACCUAUGGCAGCGGAAACCGCACAGGCGCGAAGCUCUUCGUGGCCGUGGGGGAUCAUUUGUUGGAAGCGGUUCGUGGCAAGGACCCCAACUGGGCCACGGUUCGGCUGCCUCCCACGCCGCACAUGGCCCUGGUGCCUCGAGCCGAACCCUUGCGCCUCACGCGGAACUUGCAGGACUACACGCCACCAGACAUCAACAUUGGUUUCAACCCCAUUCCCAUUGGCACCUACUACCGCGCGGAGCUCCACAACGGUACUCUACAGCCCUGUCCUCAGGGCCAUGCAUGCCCGGGCAUCGGCGUGAACCAAUCGGAGCUCACCUACCCGGGGGAAGCGCCGAUCCGGUGUUUGCCCGGUACCUGGAUGAACGCCACCGGCUACUUCGAAUGCGAGACUUGCCCCGAGGGCGUCUAUUGCCCCCGCUAUGCCAUGAUCGAGCCAGAACACUGCGAAACGGGCUACAUCUGCUGGGGCAGAACAGAGUUUGAUGCGAACUUGGCCAUUUGUCCCGCUGGGGCCUUGUGCGUGAGGCCGCCCUAUGGAAAGACGCCGUCCUCCAGCACCUCGCGGUUCCCUUUCGUCCGUCGCCUGAGCGAAGAGCUGCCAGAGGCAGGUCGACGCUUGCGGCUUGCGACCGUACCUUCCACGGUGGAAAUCCAGAGUUGCCCUGCAGGCUAUUUCUGCCCUCCUGGCUCCAUUGCCCAGAUGGAUCCAUUCACAGGUGAGGUCAUCUACGUGUCUCCCAUGGCAUGCACCCGCUUGGGCAUCGUGUGUGCUGAGGGAUCCUUCAAUCCACUCUCCAUUGAUGUCAUUGCACAACCCGGCCAAUACGUGGCACCCGAUGGCAGUGGUGUUCUGCCAUGCCCGGUGGGAAUGUCAUGUCCAGGAGGACCGGGCUUUUUAUUGCCGCAGCCGUGCCCUCCGGGACAAUACCAGCUCAGUUCUGGCGCACCCGCUUGUUCCACGUGCACCGCCGGGACCAUUUGCCCCGGCUUCGGCAGUGCGCUGCCCACCUUGUGCCCAGCGGGACGCGUGUGUGCCCACGCGGGUCGCGAAAUCCCAUCCUACUUGUGCCCGGCAGGAUCCUAUUGUCCACCUGGCGUGAUCACGCUGAAUACCUUGGCGGGCCUCACGGACAACGGCCCCCGAAUUUGUCCACCCGGUUUGUACUGUAUGGCUGGAACCUCCUCAGUGAUUCCAGACCCCACCAGCAUGAAUACUGCGAAGCAAUGCACCCAGGGCACCUUCUGUGUGGCCAACACCACCACGGCUGGAGGAACCGACAAUUGCCCUCCACGUUGGUACUGCCCAGCGGGUGUCAGCUCGCCACAACCAACCCCUCCCGGACACUAUGUUGGUCAGUCUGGCAGCAUCUAUCCCUCCAAGUGCCGGCCUGGAACUUAUGCGGCCAACUGGCUGAUGAUCGAGUGUGAGCCCUGCCCUCCGGGUACCGAGUGCCCGCUGGAUGGCACCGUGGUGCCGACCGUGUGCCGCCCGGGGUCCUACCGAGAGGCCACGCCCAACGGCGCCGAUCCCACCAAGAACGUCAUGUGCACACCUUGCCCACAGGGCACCUGGUCUGAGCAGGGUGGCAUCACCUCCGUCCUGGAUUGCCGGAACUGUGAUGAGAGGUACGUGUGCCCCAUCGAGGGCACCAUCCGCUUUGCCACGGUGGAUCAGCCCUGUGCGCCCGGCGCUCUUCCGACCGACAUUUGCUAUGAGAACUCUCAGGGCUGGGAUUGCCCACAAGGCUACGGCUGUGGUCCGGCAACAACGUCCUUCACACAGUACGACUACUACUGUGAAGCCGGCUUUUGGUGCAAGGUCCGCACUGUGCCUUCUGAGACACGCAAUCUAUUGUGUCCUGCAGGCUACUACUGCAAGCGUGAGACGGGAGAGUCCGGAGGUUCCGGUCGAAAGGCCUUCCGUUGCCCCAGCAAUCGCUUCUGCCCUGAGGGCACAGCGGCAGAAGACGUGCGCAGAGACAACCAGCUCCUGAUUGUUUUGGAGAAUGUGCAGUCCUUGGUGCAGAUCGUCACACAGCCUGACUUGACCAGGGGCUCCAUGUGCCGAAUCUGCGCCGAAGAUUUGGAUCCAGGAGUCUUCAAUCUCAAGGAGUGUAAGCCAUGUGGGAAGAUUGUCCCUUUGUCUUUCUUCGAGGACCUCGCUUUGAUCUCCAACGGCCGGCGCCUGGAUGACCUCGAUCCGGACCAGAACUUCGUCGCCCUGCCUGAAAACUACAGCUCUGCGAAGAAGGGCAAGCAGGUAUGGGUCCUCCCAGCCUCGAACUUCACAGAACAGCCUGUGAUCUUGGAAGAAAUCUUUGCAGACAAGCAGGGCCCUGAAGUGCUCAACUGGGUCCUCGAGGAGCGUGCCAAGCGACAUCGAGCUCAUGAGCAACACUAUGAGAUUCCACGUGCGCUGGAGGGACUGCAACUGCCCAAUGUCGUGGGCUACUUCGCGGAAAACACCUCCACAGGCCGUUCCGAACAGCCAGACUUGGCACGACAGCUGCAGGAAGUUGACAACAACACCAACAGCUCCAAUGAGACGGAAAUUCUAUAUCAAUGUGCGCCCGAUGUGACCGUCGCAGAGUUGACCCCCUGGACUAAGAGUUCUGGGCUUCCAUGCUACACUGCCGUGGAGGAUUGGAAAGGCAACCUUGAAUGCCCACGUGGGACUGAGUCCACGAUUGGUUCCAAAAUGCCGGAGGAGUGCAUCCAGAGGGGCGACCUUAUUGCAAUCACGAACAUUUACAAAUGCUACCCAGGCCCAGAUUGGCCGAAAAACUACCCAAGAGAUCCUAGCCGCCCAUGCAGUGAAGGUCAGUAUCCAGCAGACUACAAGUGCGACUGGACAGAGGUCCUUUGCAAUAUGUCUGAGCCACUGGAGCUCAAUGCUGCUGAUUCCACCUACAAGCAGUCCUUUGUUUACGGCCAGAAGAUUGACAAGUCCGACCCCGAAAGCAAGACCGUGGCCUUCUAUGGGCUGGACCCGAUCGAUGAUGAGGAUCUCAUCAAGACGAACUUCCCCUGGCAUCAGCCGGAUUUCCGACCCUUCCACAGCUUCUAUUUGGAGCCCAUGGAAAUUGCGGUUUUGGAUUUCGCGUUCGACAAGAUCUCACCUACCACCCUUGUGAAUGCGGGGGAGGCAGGGCACUUCAACAUUCACAUCCACUCCUCGCUUAUCGAUCCACGGGAUCAAGCCUUUUUGGCCACUGGGCACUUGCUUCCACCCUACUUCUCCCGUUCCAUCAACACCCGGCUGCAUGUGAAGACCCAGCUGAAGAUCAUUGCCUUGGCAGGGAGCGAGUGGCCUGAAGCACCAUACACUGGAGACAUUGUUGAUCAACCAGCACCAUCACCACCCAGAUUCUUCAUGAGCGUGCAAUUGGAUUUGCUGCACGGAGGGCACAUUCAGAACCUGGACACCUUCAAUGGGAUUCUGGACAUCCACAGGUACAGGCCUUCCCGCGCUUGGCAAGAACUUCCCUUCUUCUUCUGCGCGGUGGUCUCCAAGGACCGGCUGCUGAAUGGUUUCUACGAGCUGCCCUACAACAUGCCUCCGGGCCUCAAUGGCUUCCCAGGACACCCUGGCCUUGCGAUUGCGCUCUCGGGGCUGGGUGGCAACUUGGAGAAUCAGCCUCAAACUGUGCCCUUUGAUGGUGCCAAUGCCUUGGCUGAAACCGACAAGGGUGGCACGGCCUUCUGGCAAUCUUCACAGCUUGACACAGUGCCUAUGCCUUGGCUCCCAUUCUUCUCCCAUUGUAAUGGGUUCGACUCCUACAUCAUUUUGUGGGACUUCUUCGAAUCUCCUGGGACGUUCCGCUGUGACGAUGGUGAACUGGUGCCCAAAGAGGACGUGAAGAUCGUGCCACCCUUGAUUCUGGAUUUCGAUACCUUGGAGCCACGCUUAUUUCCCGUGGCGGACACCUGCACCUUCACCACCAAGUGCCACUUUGAAGAGAGCUUGGAUCCAGAUUUCUAUGGAUCGCAACUUUGGUGGGAGAUUGACAUUGAAGUGGUGCUUUUCUACAUCACUACAUUCCCCAUUACCUUUGAGGACUACCGUCAAGGAGACGCUUUCUUUUCGCCCAUGGUCGGUACCGAGCUCCUCACGGGGGUCAAUUUGCUGAACCAAGACAGGGGACCCGAAGCGCGCGUACCCCGCCGGGUCUUUUUCAGCAUGGCCUACUUCCAGCAGACCCAAGAUGAGAAGAAGUUGGUCAAUGCGGAUAUGGUUUUGUCAGAGUUUGACGAGGAUCCCUUCCCCACAGAUACUCAUUAUUACCUGAUGCUGACCUACGAAGCGCUGGGAUGGCAAGAUCUCAUGAACGAAUUCCAGCUGCCAUAUCAUGUCUACGGAAUCCUGUACUGCCUCAUCGGCUUGGGUGCUGUAGGUGCCACUCUCGUCGCUUGGGCUGGAAUCCGACUGAAGGUGCGCAAAGCCACCGCGCCACCCUUCCGCCUCAUUGAGUGUUAUGAGUUCAUGUUUUGGUGGCCAGUGCAAGGCGUAACUUGGGCAACGAUGCCCGUGAUUUUUGCUUGUGGGGCCAUUAAGCUUUUGUUGGAUCCGCAGUUCAACUUCACAGGGUUCAUUCCGUGUACGUACUCCCAGCUCUUUGCAUCUGCUCAGUCUGAUGAGAAGGAGUCAGACCGUUGCCGUGAGGGGCGUACCGGCACAUGCUUCCUGCUGGGGGGGCUGCUGAUGAUGGUCUCUGGAAGUCGCUUGGUGAUCCCUCGCCUCCGAGAAGUGGAAGAACAAUUUCUCUUGCAGCAGCCCACUCAUUUGCUCAGUCGGGAAGGCUUGACCUUGCGAGCUGAACAGCGGCAACAAAUCAGGAAUGUGCCCAUUCGGUGGAAGCGUGCCCAUCUCAUUUUCGUGAGUAUGUUCUUGGUCUUCCCCUUGACUGUGCUGUGGGAAUUCACCUACUGCGAUUUCUUCGGAGAGAACGCCCUGUAUUUUAUCAUUGGCUUCAGCUUUGCCAUGAACUUUGUCGACAAUGCCUUGUCCAGGGCUGUCCGUGAAGAACUUGUCCAAGUGCCACUCUCAACUGCCUGCAGCGUGGUGCUUUUCGUGGGUACCCUGGGCGCCGAUGACUUCGUGGACUUCUGCGAAGGCUUCUUCCUGGAGCUAUUGUAUGGUAUUGCCGAGCGGCUGAUCCUGGGGACCCUCUUUGAGGCCAUCGAGAAGGGUGUUGCUUAUGGAGUGCAUUGGGCAAAGACCCGCUCCUGGUUCUGGAGAAUUACCUUGCUGAUGACUGGAGGAAGAUCAACGCGGGCUUUGCUGAUGAAUGAGGGCAAGGAUGAUGAGGAGAUCUCACCUGAGGAGAUGGUGCAAGAGGGGACGCCAAUUGAAGAGGCCAUGGAAGAGGUGAUCGGAUGUGGCACCACUUGCAUGAGUACCAUCAUGACGCCCUUCAUUAUUGCUGCCAUCUACGUGUUUGCCCAAGAGACAGAAAUCCCAGUGGAAUAUGAUAUCCGGAGCAGAGACUUGGUGUGCUACCUCCUCUUUGGUAUCAUCAUCGCACCCUUUCAGGUCAUGAUGGACAUCCUCAUGAACCAUGCUACUGAGCUUCAAAACAAUGUACGCAUCUAUGACUACAUGCUGUACUCCAAGUGGCGAUGGCGGAAUCGCGUGACCCGUUGGCUCUUCGAUGACCCACGGCUGGACCAAUCCAUCGCAGAGCCGUUGCAGAGUGUCAAUCACUUGGCCUUUUCGCCACAGUUCUACUUCAUCGAGACCUACUAUACCUGGGGCAUGUUAGUCUCCUUACUAUCAAUUACCGUUUUCUUGCGGAAGGAGCUAAAUCCGCUGGAUGAUCCAGCGCUCUUCCUCCUGGUGGGUCAGAUGUUCCUGUUGAACUAUCUUUUGGAUCGCAUGAUUCGCUGGCUGACCUCUUCCGUUCUUUGGAAACCCAUGGACAACAGCAACUUCCGCAUUUUCAGCCGUUCAGUAGCUCUGGCCCUCCAACGGAAGGAUGCGGCCGUGGCGCAAGAGAAGUACCGCCAGUGGUUUUGGCAGCGCCAUUCAGGUUGGUUGGUGAGCCACUUGAAUGACAUCUUCACACCACGCUCAAGGGAGCGCUACAAGGGAAAGCUCAGCCUCCUCUACCAGCAAGCCUUGCAGCUUCAACCGACCCGCGUGUACAAGACGCCGGGCGAAGCCUUUCCAGAGCCCGUCGGACAACAAGAGCUGCCGGAGAACCUGCGCUUGGAGCUGGAAGAGGAUGAGUCUGAUGACGACGAAAGCCAGAAAGCCCUGGCACUGGGGGGAAAGGGCGGCUUAUUCGGUGCCCUCACCUUGCCUGGUAUCAAGAGCAAGCAGGGCGAUGGAGAAGGCUCGAUGCCGAUUGGCAUGCGAGCAUCAGUGGCUUUGCGACGACUGGAUAUUCCGUCUUUGCCGCAGAUGCCCGUGGCGCCAGGGCCAGAGCCGGUGACGCCACCCCCCGAGAUCGAGGACAACUGGCCCUUGCAGGCACAUGGCGAAGCCUUAGAGCUGCCAGAUGCUGGAGGCUUUGGGCCUCUAGCCGCACUGACCACCACCGCCUGGCUCCGGGUGGCAAGACGUCGGCUCAUCAUGUCGCGCCAAGCCAAGGAGUACACCAUCGAGCAGCCUUUGAACGACGUGUGCGGUGGCUGUGCGGUGCGUGCCAAUGACCCUUUCGUCAAGGAGCGGGUUGGCAUUUGGCAACACGGCCCUCGUUUUAAGGUCUACAUGACUGGCAAUUUGCGUCAGCUGAUGAACAGCUUCGAGCGGCACUACAACGUGCCGCCCAUGCCUUUCAUUCCAACGCAAUGGCAAAAUUGGUUGGACCGGCACCAGUGCUACCAAACUCUUUGUGUCCGCUGUGCAUUGGAAAGAGGCUUUGACCCGCCGGAGGCCAUGACCCCGCCUGGCACGCCCCUGGCGCUACCUCAACAGACGCCCUUGACCAUUCAUGAUCGUGAGGAUGGAAGUACUGACAGCGAGGAGGAAGAGGCUUUGAUGCAGCUGGAGAACCAGGACACACCUAAAGACGAGAAGGAUGCCAGCGACAUUGAGUUGGAUCCAGGUGAAACCACGAGGUUCCCGAACCUGGUGAAUGUACAGGUGUCUCAACCAGCUCGGGAGAUGAUCCUCUACUGGGCACGGCAAGCGCGGAAGCGCAUGAAGCGCCGGAGGACCAUUCGCUACCAACCCUCAAGCUCUGAAGAGGAGUCUGAAGAAGAAGAAGAUGAUGAUGAAGACACGCCCGAAGAGGCCGACUAA